GCAGUUCAGAAGUGUUGUUUGUAAGAAUUCUUUUUCAUUAAAAAUACAUUGUUGUGUUAUUGAUAGGGAAACUGGAAGUAUAAAACUUGUUCCACACCUGUUUAUCAUACAUUGUAUGUGGUGGACUUUGCUCAGUGUAGUCGUGUGCAAUACCUGAAGCAGAGUUCAAAAGUCUCCACUGUUGUUAGAUCUCAAGCUCUCAAGAAGUUGUGUUUCUCGACCAAAAGGCUGGAAAAGAAAAAGAAGGUUCUAAUUGUUUUUUGGGAUAGAUGGAGGGAGGGGGGAGGUUAUCAGUUUAUGAAUGUUCUUUCUGAAAAUAAGUAAGCCUCCAAUACUGAAUGUUUAAGGCAGAAUGUUGGUAAUGCUGUGGUUAUUCGGUGUUGAUUUUUUAAAUGUCAAACUAUUUUCACUUUCUCUUCUUGUUGUGCUAAACUUAACCAUAAUUCUACAUUUUACACAUAGAUCUUAUGGAUAACCUUCACUUGCAUGUCAUAGCUGUGGUCCUUUACUUUAAUCUUCCUGGAUCAGUGGGAACCAAGUCGCAGUGGAUUCUUCCUGCUACACAUCAGCGUUCAGAGUGCCAGUGGGAUGGGCAGUUCCUACUGAAUUGCUCUUUUACCAGAAUAUCUACUAUUCCAGAAGAAAUACCACAAACAGCAGUAACAGUUGAUUUGAGUUACAAUAAUAUUAAAACUUUUGUGUGCUCUGAUGGAAGAAAUGAAGAGUGGAUGCUAAAACACCUGAACCUCAGUAACAACCUGAUUUCUGAACUCACUUUAACUGCUUGUACAAAUUUACCCAUUUUAGAAAUUCUAAACCUCAAUGGUAAUGCCAUCCACACCCUCAUACUGGACAUGCCUUCACCUGCACAUGGGUCUAAAAAGUACAGCAUUGUUGAUCGUCUCCUGCCUGCUUUGAAAGUAUUGUCAGUUGAAAGAAAUAAUCUUAAUGCAGUUCCAAGAGGACUAGGGCUCCUGCAAUCUUUACAAACUGUCUAUAUGUCAUCCAAUGCCAUACAACAGAUUGACCCAAAGGAUUUUCAAAACUGCUCACAGCUGAAGGACAUUGACCUGCGAAACAACAAGAUAACUAAAAUUCAUCCAGAUGCCUUCAGAGAUCUCAACAAAUUACAGGUCGUGGAUCUCCGUGAAAAUGCUCUGACAAUCCCUCUACCACAGAUACUUGUCAGUUUGAACUUUUUUCAACUUGAAGUGUAUUUGUCAAAUAAUGCCUGGAUAUUUAACUGCAGGCUAAAUGCUUUUAAACACUUUCAUUUUGUCUUUGACUCCACAAGGAAAAAAUUGAGCCUUUCAUACAAAAAGUCUGCCAACAACUCCCAGAAACCUCUGCUGUAUCUUUCAAGUUUCCAUUUAAACUGCAGGGACAAUGUUUUGCUCAAAAGGGCCACAGUCCCAACAGGGAACACAUCAGUGCUGACCUGUAACUUGGACAACAUAAGGGGCAAUGGAGUCUCUUGGUGGACACCUAAGGGCAGAAUUUCAAAAAAUCACAGUCUUCCUGAUAUGACACUGGAUAAAAUGAAUAAUUUAGUGAUAUACAAUGCUGAGAAAACUGCUGAAGGAUUAUAUUUGUGUCUUUUUGAUACAAAAAAAGAGAAAUAUCUCAUUUACAAUAUAGAGGUGAAAGAAGGAGUUUCAGCAUAUUUGGUUAGAAAAGCCAGGGACACUAACACUGUUUUUAGACAGAACAAAACAGAGCCAAACUUUGCACUGGCUGUCUCCCUCUCUGUGGUCAUCACAUUUGUUUGUGCUUUUUGUCUGGGUGCUUUUGCUAGACCCUACCUGGAGAGCCUGUGGAGACUCAUGCACAGGAAGAAAAAUUCAGCUUCAGAACACACAUAUUCUAAUCAAGCUUUUUCAGAUGAAACCUUGAGCAGGGAGCCUUCUACAAGCAAACCAACAAAUACCCAGCAUGAUACAUUAUUUUGUGCUAAUAAUUCUUUAAGAAACACACAGAUUUUUCCUACAGAAACUUCUAUUGCAUAUGAAAAUGUCACUGGCAGAGGUCUACGUUCAGCAAACCCCAAAGCACAGUACCAGAAACAAAGCAAUACUGAGAUCAACAUGAAGAAAAUACCAGUGUUUUCAAAAGCCCUAACUAGUAUUGAUGAUAAUGAAAGUACAAAUGUUUAUGAUACUGGACUAUUUUUUGUAAGGACAGACUACCAGAACAGCAAUGAAGUAACACCAAAAAGCAAAGUAAGAAACAACUCUGGCCUGCUGCAGUCUGAGAUCACAAAAGUGACACCAGAUUCUCCAAAAAGAAAAGGUAUUGUUUCACAUAAUGAACCCAGGCACACUAGAAAAUUUAUGCAGGGAAGGCAAAACUGUGAAAAACAACUUGGUCUAAAUGGCAACAAAAAUAUACCUAGUGAUGCUGGAGAUUUUAUUUCACCCGGUAGCUCCAGAAGAGAUGCAGAUAUUCAGAAUUUAAGCAUCUAUGAAACAAUAGAAAACUCUCCCCUUACACAGCACAACUAUGAAAGGAUACAUUCAUAUAAAAAAGAUGCUUCAGCUGAUAUAUUUGGUGACAGUUCUUCAUCUGAAGGGAUUCCAUUCACAAUGAGUGACUCUGGUUCUUUAGCAGCCUUUGAACUGGAACAAUCUGACGUUAGUGACAGCCUUCCAGCCUAUCAGUCAUCGCUAGAUGAAGCCAAUACAGACAGUGGAACUGAGAAGUUCGCAACACCGCCAGAGUCUCCAAAUAUCACUCCUGAACUUCAGCAGAUUGGGAACAAUGAAGAUGAGCACAGUGCCUAUUUUGAAACCACUAUUACUUAUGGAUCAGAUACCACCAGGCGUGAAACAGCAUCCCCUUACGUUGAUAAAUCCAGUGGCCAUGUAAGCGUGUCAGAUCCAGAUACAGUUAGCUCUUCAGGUCAAGAAAUUCCAGAUACGUCUGAUUAUUUUGCUAAUGCAGAAUCAACAGUACAAAACUCUCUUUCUGAUUCUCUCUACAGUCAAAGUACAGAUUGUGGUAACUCAGUACUUAAGUUAGAACAUUUUCCCACAUAUAACACAGAGAAAACUUCUGAAGAGGAUGAACUGCAGCUGUCUCCGCUUCCCAGAGAACCACAGCAUUCCCUCAGCUUCAGGCAAACGGAACAAAAAGAAAAUGCACCAGAAGAAAGUACAGAUGAGCACACAGGCAGGAACUCCCCGGAAAAGAAUCAUGGUGAAGCAGACAUUACAUUAGGAAGAAACAUGAGUACAUCUGAGGACAAUGGCUUUAUUUUUGCUCCCACUGAUACUGGUUUGAGUGAAGUUGUAAAAAAUCCAUCACUGCUGCAUUCCAGCAAUGAAUCAUCUCUUCAAUUGCUGCCUGAACACACAGCUGAAAAACAUUUCAUGUUUGUUACACAGCAAGAUGACUUGCUACCACAGGGGAAGCAGGCUUGUGCAGAUAAAAUGCAAGAAGGUUCUGAUGAGAAAAAUUCUGAUGAAUUAACAGAAUUACAGGAUACCAGCAAUUGCAGUCUGCCUGAAGAAACGCAGUCUUGUAAUCCUACACCAGUUCUGCUGCAUCUGGAUAGUUCUGGGAAAACACAGUCAGAAUUCACAAAAGAUGAUUGCUUCCAACAGGAUCAGAGUGAUGAGGAUGCAUAUUCCUUCUCAAUCCCACAAGGUUUUUUCGAUGAAAGCACACCAGACAGUUCAUGUUCCUUCCCACAAAAGCCUAUAGGAAAUACAAUCUCUGAAAGCACUGAUUCCAGCAAGAUGAAGGAUCACACUACUUUGACAGAACUGGAGAACCAUUCUGCAACAACUGUAGAACACCUCCAAAAUUCCAGUGAAAAUCUCAGCCAAAAAAGUCAGACAAAUUCAGGACAGAACCAGUUUUUUGUUAAGAAGAAAAGAGCGUUUGAUGGAUUUGCUAAUAUUUUGCAAAGCAGGAGAACAAACUUCAGUAGUUGAAACUCAAACUGGUAAUACUAAGCUCCCACAGUGUUUAUGUCAUUACAGCAAGUGCAAAAUUUGUAUUAAAGUGAAAUUACUUUUGUUUAGAAGGGUAAUCGUAAAAAACCCAAUGAUAGACUUUAUAAAAAGAUACUACAGAAUAUUAAUAAAGCUUGCUGAAUUAUAUUUACUUUUUCAUUAUUGGUAGUUGAUACUAAUAUAUCAUUUCCCUUGGAAUUUGCUUCAGAUACUCACUGUUUCAUCUUUUUGCCUAAAACAAAUGCAAUGUGGAUAUUUACAUUAUUACUAUUUUGUGUUUUCUUAUGGUACUCAACCUAUACAGUGAAAUAGUAUAUACUGCUGUCUUCUGUUUUUUGAGCCAGAUUUGUGGAUUAUAUCUGAAUUCCUAGUGUUGCAAAGAUAAAUAAAAUCUGAGCAGUAUUCAAUUACA